UUAAGGGUUUGCUUGUGGCACAUGAGUGAGAGAGCUUGCUUUGAGAAAACCAUGAAUCAGAAGCUUUACUGGGCUGCAAGAACCGGUGAUACCACCCAGCUAAAGCUAAGAGAAAUCCCUGAUAUAGAUAAGCAAGCAACGACGCCCACAUCCAACACAGCCCUUCAUAUAGCUGUGUACUACGGACAGUACAAGUUUGUGCGAGAGCUCUGCACCCAGUGUCCGUCACUACUAACACAGGCAAACUCCGAAGGUGACACUCCGUUGCACGUCGCGGCGAGGACUGUAAAUGACAAUAGGGGCCUUAUAGCUAGCUUUCUUAUCUCAGGAAUAAGAGCUGUUGAUAGUGAAUGUGGAGGUGCAACUGAGAAGCUGAGAUUGAGAAAUAAGGAUAAUUACAUGCCCUUGCAUGAGGCUGUUCGAAACAACAAUCUUCAAGUGGCAAUGUUGCUGACUGAGGCCGAUCCUAAUUGGUCUUGUCACGACAAUGAUGCCGAUAUGUCUCUGCUAUACUUGGCUGCUCGAACGGGAGACCUAGAUAUGGUAAAGUUGCUCCUACAAAACCCAGCAGCUUAUGGUGGACCCAAAGGCGAGAAAGCUUUGUAUGAGGCUGCGGCCAGGAAAAAUUUUGAUAUUGUGAAAGAACUUACAGAAAAGGAUAUACAAAUCAUGAGAGGGGGAGACGAACAUGGAAAAACUGCUCUCCACUAUGCAGCAGAAUUUGGCAACCAUAAAAUAGUGGAGAAGUUGAUAUCGAAAUACCCAUCCAGUGCAUAUACUUUGGACCAAAAUGGUCACUCUCCACUUCACAUUGCAGCAGCUGAAUUCCAGCUUAAUGUAGUUGACGAGAUGAUCAAGCAUUGCCCAGAUUGUACGGAGCAGCUAAGCAAGGAUGGAAAGUCCAUUCUUCAUUUUGCAGUCAAGAGUGAAAGCUUGAGAAUGGUUAUAUAUGUUGUGGAUAUAUUGGGUCUGGAUGGAUUGAUGAACAAGGCAGACAUACAUGGAAAUACACCUUUCCAUAUGUCUGCAAAACUCAAUUAUCCCAAGACAUUUUUUUAUUUUGCAUUUGAUGGUAGGCAAGAUCAAUUGGCACUUAACCAGGAAAAUCAGACAGCUUUUCAAAUUCAAGACAAGCAACCUCGCAACUCCAUAUUUUCCAAGAUGUCGCACCAGUGGGUCAAAUUUUUGAGACUAAAGAGCUGGAGAGAAUGGUUCAGGAAGCUUGAGAAAGAGGGACAAGAAGAGAAUACUGAAUUGAUUGAGUCAUACAUGCAAUUGGGAAGCACUUUGGGGACUAUUGCAACACUCACAGCCACUGUUACCUUUGCAUCUGCUUUAGCAGUACCUGGUGGGUUCAGUAGUGGAGAUAACUCAAUCCAGGGAAUGGCCACACUUGCUGGAGACCCAUUCUUUGAAGAUUUUAUGAUAACUGAUACCAUUGCUAUGGGUUUCUCCUUAACAGCUAUGUUUCUCAUACUCUUUGGGACCUACUUUAACAACAAAAAAAUUGUUAUUUUUAUGGAAACUGCAAGAAUCUUGACCUUCUUGUCAUUCCUAUCAACUGGGAUGGCUUUCAUGGAAGGUGUUGCAGCAGUGUUGCCUGGUGGGAAUCUCAAAAAUCUCAUCACUCGUGGAUAUGGAAUUGCUGUAUGGUGCCCAUAUUUUUUUGCAGUAGUUGGGUUUCUCAUAUUUUUUUAUCCAUUAGUGGUUCCUACUGCUCUACUUGCUUACCAAUAUACGCCCCAUCAUCUUAGACGACAUGGAUGGUACUCUAAAUUUAUUGGGUAUAUGUGUUGUCUUUACUGAUGAUAUGUACUAAUUUAUGACUUCUGUAAUAAUAAAUCUAUGUAUUCUUUUGCCA